AUGGGGAGCCGUUUGGAGAAAAACUCGGGCGCGGUGCGCAAGCGCAUUGAAGGACAUACUUUCUCCGAUGAAGCCGGAGAGGAGUACGAGCCUAGCGCCUUCGGUGGGUUUAACGACUACUUCAGACGCAAGAAGAUCAAGCUGCAGAACCUCGACGCGGAGUUGCGCGCUGCAUCCGAUGACAAGCCACCUAUCUUCAAAGGCGUGGUGGCACAUGUGUCUGGAUACACCCAACCGCCGCUUCAUAUUCUCCACAAAGAGCUCGUCCAACAUGGCGCAGGCUUUCUGCAAUAUCUAGACUCUAAGACCAUGGCGACUCAUAUUAUUGCGUCGUCCUUGCCCCCGAAAAAGACCGUCGAUUUCAACAAAUAUAGAAUCGUUAAGCCAGCGUGGGUGAUGGAGUCGAUACAAGCAGGUCGGAUGCUCCCGUGGUCAGAUUACAGGGUGAUCGAUGAAGGACCGCGGCAGAAGAUCAUCAAAUUCGAUGAUGGAAAGAUGGGCACACAGACAGGUUCCCAGCAGCUCAAGUCCAAGAUGCAGAAGCUUGCGGCAGAGAAGGGCGCAGCACCGAAGGUCGUCAAGCGCAAGCCAGGUGCCCGCCGAUACAUCAUGCAUGUCGAUUUUGACAGCUUCUUCUGUGCCGUGUCUCUGAAGAGUGCACCGGACUAUGUGGACAAACCUGCUGUUGUCGCACAUGGUAGUGGUACUGGUUCAGAAAUCGCGUCGUGCAACUAUCCAGCCAGAAAAUUCGGGAUCAAGAAUGGCAUGUGGAUGAAGAAGGCUCUGGAAUUAUGUCCUGAUUUGAAGAUCCUACCGUAUGAUUUCCCAGCGUACGAAGAAGCCAGCAGGCUCUUCUACGAGUCGAUACUGGAGGCUGGUGGAGUCGUGCAGAGCGUAAGCGUGGACGAAGCUCUCGUCGACAUAACGUCUCUGGUCCUUGCAGCAGCCAACUCAGAAGGGCACGGCGUCGAUGAGGGUAGCAUCUGGAGAGAACAGGAGAAAGCCGAUGGUAUCGCGUCGAGCCUGCGACAGCAAAUUAAGCUGAGAACCGGUUGUCAUGUAUCGGUUGGAAUUGGAGCCAAUAUUCUGCAGGCAAAAGUCGCACUACGAAAGGCUAAGCCCGCUGGUCAAUAUCAGAUCAAGCCCGAAGAUGUCUUGGAUAUUCUAGGAGAAUUAAAAGUCGACGAUCUGCCAGGUGUCGCCUAUAGUAUAAGCGGAAAACUGGAAGAAAUCGGAGUUAAACUGGUCAAAGACAUUCGGGAUGUUUCCAAAGAACGGCUCACAUCUGUGCUGGGGCCAAAGACAGGCGAGAAGCUGUGGGAAUACUCUCGAGGCAUAGAUCGAACUGAGGUUGGUGACCAACCCAUUCGAAAGUCUGUGUCGGCAGAGAUCAAUUGGGGCAUUCGAUUCAUUAAUCAGCAAGAGGCAGAGGAGUUUGUGAUGAAUCUUUGCAAGGAGCUGGAGCGGCGUUUGCUGAAUGAAGGGGUCAAAGGCACACAUCUAACUAUGAAGAUAAUGAGACGGUCACUGGAUGCCCCCUUGGAUCCACCCAAGCAUCUUGGGCAUGGAAAGUGCGACACCUUCAACAAAAGCAAGGUCUUUGGCGUUGCCACUCACGAUGCCGUGGUUAUCGGAAAGGAGGCGGUCUCCAUUCUUCGGUCUUUCAGUUUCAGUCCAGGAGAUCUUCGAGGUAUCGGCAUCCAGAUGCAGAAACUUGAGCCGAUCAAAUCCUCGACCUCUGCUCCGGACGGGAGUCAGAAGCGGCUGAACUUUGGAACAUUUGCAACGGGUGCUCUCUCGAAGAAGCCAACCACAGAUCCGAUCGAGGAGUUCGCUAGAUUUGAGAGGUCAAAAACCGGACCAGGUCGCGACAUGUCUGCCGAUCCCAUCGCAGAGGACCCCCUUACCCCUCGAAAGCCUAGAUCAUCCAUACACCCUGCACUCGCGUUAGCACGAGCCAACGAAGCAGAUGCCAAGGCGAACACACCCUUGAACUUGGCUGGGACGCAAUUCAUCAUACCAUCAAAUCCUGAUCCUAGUGUGCUUGCUGAAUUACCCAAUGAUAUUCGCAGCCGUCUGAUGGCACAGCAACGCAAAGCGUCUCCCGCCUCGCGAGAAAUAUCGCCAAGUGUGCAAAGCAAGUCUCGGACGCAAAGCCCAGCUUUGCCCGAUGAGAUCCCCCCUGAUAUUGACCCUGAAGUGUUCAAUGCACUGCCAGAAGAUAUGAAAGCAGAGGUCUUUGCUCAAUAUGGACAUCGUCGGGGGCAAAGCCUUCUUCCCCAAUCGCCUCGCAAGGAUCGCGUGAUCAACCGUCCGGGGAAGAAGCUCACGCCAACCAAGAAGGGUCUUAGGGGCAUGUGGAGCAGAGGAAAGGAAAGGCAGCAUGACGCUGACUCUAAUUUAUUGCAAACAAACUUUGUUACCGCGAAAGGUCGAGUGGUGGAUAGUGCGGUACGAGAUGUGGCAGAAGAUAUAGAAGAGCUGGACCCGGAUUUUCUUGCUGAACUACCAGAGGAGGUCCGGCGAGAGGUGAUUGCAGACCACCGUCGACAACGGAUGAAUCAGCGAGGAGGGCUCAAUUUUCAAGCGCCGCAGCGGCGACGCCGUGGCGAUGGCGAUGGUGGCCCGUUAACCGGCCAGAUGAAGAUCCACUUUCCCUUGAAGCCAGCCAAGAUCGCGUUCACCAACUCGUCCCUGUCCUCGGUCCAGGAGGUCAAGGACAUGCUCAAUGCAUGGUAUCGGGAGACGAAAGACGAAGGCCCGCACAAGGAUGACGUAGAGGUCUUUGAGAAAUACCUGGCGAGGGUGAUCGUAGACGAAAGGGACAUGGAGAAGGUGCGGAAGCUUGUUACCUGGCUCGACUGGAUCAUUAAAGACGAUGAGAUCGAGGGCCGGGGCAAGCGGAGCUGGCAGAGCGCGGUAGAAGAUAUCAAAGGCGCCGUCCAGGAGGCCGUACAGGCCAGAGGAUUGGGCGGGAUCAGCUUGUGA